UGCUUAGCCAAAACCUCCAAUAUGGGUAGCGAACUCAUAAGCUUAACGAAGGUGAUACUCAUAUCCAUGGCCUCUCUAUUGUAUUGCUAUUUCAUAGCUCCAAAACUUCCCAAAGGCAAAUUCAGGCUCAUUUCGUUCCUCCCCGUCUUCUCCCUCUUCCUUGUCCUCCCUCUCUACGUCUCGUCCGCCUUCCUCUCGAGUAGCUUUGCCUUCCUCGUCACCUGGCUCACGACCUUUAAGCUCGUUCUAUUCUCAUUCAAUUUAGGUCCUUUAGCUUUUGACUCGAAAUUAUCGUUCCCUUUGUUUGCUUCCAUCGCGUUCUUACCAACCAGAAUCAAGCAUAGCAAAACCGCCAAAUACGCUCAAAAUCAAGAAGAGGUUGACAAAGAACCACGUCCUAAGAUACCUCUAAACUUGCCCGCCAAGGUGGUGAUAUUUGUUAUGCUGAUCAUGGGCAAGAAGUACUAUGAAAUUGUGGAUCCCAUUGCAAAAUUAUGCAUGAAUUGUGCAACGUUGUAUUUUUAUUUAGACAUGAUUAUGUGUCUUUCUAACGUGUUUGUUCGGUCGAGAUUUGGCGUCGAGGUUAGUCGGCCGUUCGACGAGCCGUAUCUCGCUACGUCGCUUCAAAAUUUUUGGGGACGGCGGUGGAAUCGAUUGGUGUCGGAAACUUUGCAUAACGCUGUUUAUCAACCCGUUCGUUAUGAAGUCGGAGGGCCGCGGUGGAUGGCGGUGGUUGUGGUGUUUGUGGUGUCCGGGUUGAUGCAUGAGCUUUUGUUGUACUAUAUUAUUAGAGCCAUUCCAACGUGGGAAGUUACAUGGUUCUUUGUUAUUCAUGGGCUGUGUGUGGCUGUGGAGAUUGAGCUGAAGAGGGCAUUGGGGAAAAGGUGGCAGAUUCAUUGGGUAGUGUCCGGACCACUCACGAUGGCGUUUUUGGUCGCCACCGCUCAUUGGUUGUUUUUUCCACCUUUGUUGAGGUGAAAUACUCUCCAAGUGGCUAGUGUCACAUUACGUUCUGUCGUGUGUCGUGUGUCAAACCGUGUAGAAUUUGAAUGAAAUAUCAUUGUUACGAGUAUCAUGAGUAUUACGAGUCUCGCCCCUUUAUAAUUCGUG